AUGUCGAUCGAGUUUGGUCUUGUUUUACUUCUAAUAACCAUCACCUCAGCCAACUACGCCAAAACACUCUGGGAACAUCGGUGCGAUCCGGGAUCGGAAGUGUUUAUCUGUUCGGUACCAAACUUCCUGUACAAACCGAAUGAGAACCAUUCCACAUUGAUAGCACCGGAGACAGUGCACAAGGUUCGGCUUGGUUAUCCCACCGAUAAGAAGAUUGUGUCUCGGGAAACUAUCACCACGUACGAUGAAGUGCUGCACCAGGCCCUGCAUCGACCCAGAGCAAUUCAAAUCACAUUCGCCAGCAUAAAGAAGCUCGAUAUUCCACUCGAGCUAGAGUAUGCAGACUUUCAAGAUAACUCGAUCCAAAUAGUAUUCGCACCGGAAGUGAACGGAUCCGCCUAUGCACUACGGUAUCUGGAUUUGCGAAACAAUGAAAUGGAUGAUAUCGAAAGCUUUAAAACGCUCGUUAACCUUGAAACACUGCUUCUGGGCGGUAACAAGAUCAGCAUCCUGGAUGGUACCACCGUAAUGAAUUUCCAUCGACUGUCCGGUUUAGAUUUGGGUAGCAAUAUGUUGGACACGAUCCCUUUUGUCAGUCUGCCCGGCUCGCUAGAGUGGUUAGUUUUGAGACGUAAUUCAUUUUAUGGCCAGCUAGAUAUUGACAACGCUAACCUGUCAUCCCUGAAGGUGUUGGAUCUGCAGCACAAUCUCAUUAACGAACUAAACCCGGAAACGCUACUGACGGUCGCUCCCAGUCUUCGGGCGAUACUGCUCGAAGGUAAUUGGUUCGAUGUGGACGCAGCAAAGAACAUCGCAACCGUUCUUACGCAGAAACAGGUGGAACACGAUAAAUUUCUUCCGAGCGAAAGUGUCAUUGAAUACGAGUAUGAUUAUCAUCGUACGCACGAGAUGCUUAAGGUGCAGGACUAUGUUAUAUCGAUUGUGCUGUCGGUGGUUAAUGUGUGUGUGAUAGGAUGGGGCGUGUUCCGGGUGUACAGAGCUAAACAUACCAGUAGUACGGAGGAGCCUCCCGGUUGCGGUUGUGAUUGGGCGGAAAAGUAUGUUAGUUCCUUAGUCUAG